UGCAUCCGUGGUCUUCUUCUAGAGUCUCAACCCCCCCUUUUAUUGCCGAGUCCAUUGCACCGUUUCAGAGACUUUUACACGUCCCUCUCUUUCUCUCUCUCUCUCUCUCUCUCUCUCUCCCAUUUCCUAUGCAUUUAUGGCCAAAGGAAGUGGAGUAUCCAUUGAUUCAGCAGAUCCAUUUCGGUUCUUCCCGCACCUUCCAAUAGUACUCAACUCCUUCCCUGAAGACAACAACAACAACAGAAAUCUUCACAACUGGAAGCUUUCUCCCAUGGACGCCACCACCCUCAACAGAUCGCCUCCACACACCAUCCAAUUCCCACUCAACCUCAACCGCUCCCAUCAUCACCAAGACUCUCCUCCGCCGUCCGAUGAUAAGCGCAUGGUCAUCGAUGAGAUGGACUUCUUCGCCGAGAAAUCCCACGACAACAACAACAACAACGAUGCCGUCUCUACCGACGCGGCUAAAAACGAUUUCCACGGUCCGACCUCCUUGGAGUUUAACGUUAACACUGGCUUGAAUCUUCUUACUACGAACACUAGUAGCGACCAAUCCAUGGUGGACGACGGCAUAUCACCGAACGUGGAAGAUAAAAGAGCUAAAAUUGAGCUGGCGGUUCUUCGAGCUGAUUAUGAGCGGAUGAAGGGGGAGAAUCAGCGUCUAAAAGAGACGCUUAAUCAGGUUACUACUAAUUACAAUGCCCUGCAGAUGCAUUUGGUUACUUUUAAACCAAAAAAGACUGAAGAAAAUGGUAUGCCGGAUGGGAAAGUAGAAGGUAAAGAUAUAGUGGUGCCAAGACAGUUCAUGGAUCUUAGACUCGCUACUAAUGGCGAUGCUGAUCAGAAUUCGCUGUCUUCAUCGGAAGUUAGAAGCCAUGAGCGGUCAGGAUCGCCCGGUACUAACGGAGAAGUCAAGGCGUCCAAGGAAGGGAUUGUGUUUGACCAGGAUAAGAAAGAAUUACAUUUACAUGGUUGUAAAACUGGGAGAGAGGAUAGCCCCGAUCAGGGAUGGGCUGCUAAUAAUAAGCUUCCUAGAUUCAAUUCUCCAAAAGAUCAUGUUGAUCAAACUGAGGCCACUAUGAGGAAGGCCCGUGUCUCCGUUAGAGCACGGUCGGAAGCCGCCAUGAUCACUGAUGGGUGCCAAUGGAGAAAGUAUGGGCAGAAGAUGGCGAAGGGAAACCCAUGUCCUCGAGCUUACUAUCGAUGCACCAUGGCCAAUGGUUGCCCCGUUCGAAAACAAGUACAAAGAUGUGCAGAAGAUCGAACAAUCCUGAUAACAACAUAUGAAGGAAAUCACAGCCAUCCGUUGCCGCCGAACGCCAUGGCAAUGGCGUCCACAACAUCAUCAGCAGCUAAAAUGUUGCUGUCGGGGUCUAUGUCUAGUGCCGACGGGCUAAUGAACUCAAAUUUCCUCACAAGAACACUCCUCCCAUGCUCUUCCAGCAUGGCAACAAUCUCAGCAUCAGCUCCAUUUCCCACUGUUACAUUGGAUUUAACACAAUCCCCCAACCCUUUACAAUUCCAAAGGCCACAAAGCCAAUUCCAAAUCCCAUUGCUGCCUCAAAUAUUUGGUCAAGCACUUCAAAACCAAUCAAAAUUUUCUGGUCUGCAGAUGUCUCAAGACAUGGACCCUGCUCAAUUGAGUCACCAGCUACAAGCAUUGCCGAUGAACCAGGGGGGGCAGCAAAACUCAAUAUCUGACACAGUUAGUGCCGCCACUGCUGCCAUUGCUGCAGAUCCUAACUUCACUGCAGCUCUUGCAGCCGCCAUCACUUCUAUUAUUGGUGGUAGUGGAGCUAACACGAACAACAUUUGUGGCAAUAAUGCGAAUCCCACAACCACCACCACCAGCAAUGGCAACAUUACUAGUACUACUAGUAACAGCAAUUCAAGUUUUCAAGGAAAAUAAGGCUAGUUACUUAAUUAAUUAAUUUCCAAAAAGUGAGACCAUACAUGUUCAUUUUCUUUCUUUUUCCUUGGGAUUAAGCAUAGAUCUCACGAUAUUCUUUGUUAUUUCAAUAAUAUGUUCCAAAUUGUACGUCAAUACAUAGUAAACAAACAAAAAAAGAAAGGAAAAGCAGAAAUAAAUAGAGAAGAAUCGUAUUUAGUCUCUUUUCCUUGUUUUGUACUGAUCUGAAAAAUCAAAGGAAGAAGGGUGGUUUUGUCU